UCUUUAUAUAAAAUGAUAUUUAUUAGGUAGAUUUAAAGUUUAUGCUUAAAAAUUUGCAUGUGUUUUAAUAGAAAAUAUUCGGCAUAUAAGUAGUGUGAUUACGACAAUAUUUGGAUCGAUUGAUCCGAAUGGAUCCAAAAGCAUUCCUCGUAAAAUUACGUAGCUAAUAUAUAAGAACGCAAUAAAAUUACAUUCCCGCGUGUAUAAAUUCCAACGGGUCACAAAUAUAUGUAGCGCGAAACGCACAGGAGCCGGCCUCGACGCGUCUGGAAAAGAAGAAGGGGUAGGAGGUGGUCACUAGCCAGCCCCCUCCCCCCUUGCACUGAUAAGGACUCGCGCGAUAAUAACCACCGUGCCGCACCGCGUGGCGAUUUUACUACUCCCAUACUUUUCUCUAGCAUGAUUCGCGCUGCUCCUACCACCGCGACUUCGACAUAAGGCACCGACUCUCCCCUCUUGAGUCACCACUCUGCUUACGAUCACAGCUCGAAUUGGUCGUUCUCUCUCACUCUCUGUUUCUCUCUCUCUCUCUCUCUCUCUCUCUGUUCUAUUUUACCCUAUUCCUUCUGUCACUCUUUCUCUCUCCCUUACUCUCUGCGACUCGUUUCGUCCUACUCUUCGACCUAUUCACUCCCCUCUUCGUCUUUCCUUGUCUGUGCGUUCGUUCUCGCGGUAUCUUCGUCUCGCCUUCGUCCAACUCGGGCAGCUCGCUAGCAAACUCGCAUCGCCUCGGCCAUCCGCGGAGCCGCAAUUGCUCGCUCGUUUUGCAUCUCUCUCUCUCUCUCUCUCACUUAUUCUCCUUCUUUCUCUCUUCCCCUUUUGUUUUACCGUCUCUUCUAGCUCUGUUCCUCUACCUCUCAUUCCAUCUCUUUUCCUCUUCUUGCUCCGUUUGCUCUAUGCACAUAAUAUACACGAGCCUCGCUCCCGAUCAUAGAGCAGUGGCGCGAGUUCUUGUACAGCCAGCAAAAGUCCGGAUCUUAAAUUUCGUCUAGUCGUCGAUCGCAGUGUACACACAGCAUCAAUCGCUCUUCUGAUUUACCGUGCGCGGAAACGAAAAGGCAACACGUGAUCCUCUGUGAGUGCGAAUUUCAGAUCGAAAAGCAGCCAAACAAGCUAUCAAACAAGAAACCAGAACGCAACGAAGGAUAAACACCAAGUGAGCUCAAGCGAGCGAGUAAUCGCGAGAUGAAGAGAAGGAGCGACGACGAUGGCAAACCUGUGGCCAAGUAUCGGCAUCGAGAAUACGUCUUGAUCGGAUAUGUCGGGGCUACGGAACCAGCGUCGCAGUCCACCAGGGAGGCAAUCAUCAAGCAGGAGGAAGAAGGGAAAGCAGUGGCGACGACGGCGAUAAAGAGCGAGGACGUCAUCGGGCACGAAGUCGGCCAGCAGGAGCAGCAGCAACGGCAGCAACAGCUGGCAUAUGUGACGACCGGGGAGGCUGGAGAGGAGGACAGCGGUGUGGGCGUGCUAGAGGCGGGACAGCCGGAAAUGGAAAAUGGCGCCAUGGUUGAACCAACCGGUGCCGAAGCAGUCGCUAUUGCGGUCGCCGCCGUCGCCGCUGCUGCCGAUGAUCAUGCCAACGAAGAUCCUAACACUACUUAUACCCUUCAUGAGCUCGACUAUCAACCCACACACAUAAUCCAUGAGAGUUUUGGGGGCGGUGAUAUGAGGGAGGAGGAGGAGCAGCAGCAGCAACCGCCGCCGCCGCCACCGCCGCCGCAACACCAUCACCAACAGGCACAACAGUAUGUUCAGCUUAGGGCGAGAGAGGUCCCGGUUCCCGAGGGAGGGGAUAACCGGCACCCGACGGAGGUCUCCAUCACGCCGGAGGGACGCCGCGCCAACAGUCACAUGCCUCACUCCACGAUGCAUCGUUACGGUACCGAGACGCUCUCACCAACUACGACGGACCACCAUCACCAUCAACAACAGCAUCAUCAUCAUCAUCAUCAUUUAUCCGAGGUGCAUCAACAUACCGCUCUAUCCUCUGCUCAUCGUCAUCUAGAGGAUCCGCAGCAACAUCACCAAGAAACUGACGAGGACGUGGAUCGAGGGGUGAGCGGCAUUACAGCUGCCAUGAGAGGUGCACGGGGUGAUUAUUUAGGUGUACUCUUCCCGAAUCUCACUUCGUCAAGCACUACGUCCAGCAAUGGUGGCAGUAAUCAUCAUCAUCAUCAUCAUACGUCGCACCACCUGGAGGACGUAUUGUCCGAGGAGCCUUAUUUGCAACAUCAGAUCCGCACUAGCGGCGGUUCUCCAUCGGUGAGGACCGUCGGCGGCUCCCCGACUUCUAGUCAUAGUCCGCACGACGAUCAGGGUCUUUCGUCGCCACAUCACCAAGGCCAGGAGAGUUAUAGUCCCACUGAACAGGGCAGAUUGCAAUCUUUUACGCAUCUUACGGCUAUGCAACCACCGUCGGUGCAAACCAAUCACGGAUUGCAGGAAGCCGAGCGCGUGUCCGAUCAGCUGUACAUUGACUCGAUCUACACGCAUCAUGCCGCCGGCACCCCCCAUCAUCAUCAGGACCAACACGAUCAAGGCCCCUCCGCGCCACAUUCGCCCAGCGGCCCACUCUCCAGUUCAUCAAUGUAUCGACCGAUGAGUGGCGUAAGCGCGAUGGGUACCGCGGCUGGAACCGGAGGAACCUAUAGCCUCCCUUACAUGACGAGCAGUCCUACGGAACUGGCAUCGUCACCUCAACUUUGGAACGCUCAGGUUACAGGCCUGAGCACCGGACUUUCCAUUUCUGAAGAUUAUGGCAACAAAUCUUCGGGCACGGUGUCUCAUCAAUCUUUACCAGCGUUUUCGCAACCUUUCGGCGCUCGGUCGAGUUUCCGCGGUUACAGUCCGCCAUAUUCGUCCUCUCAGCAGAAUACCACGGGCACUGUCGCUGUCUCCGCCGUAGAAGCUACUUGGACGUAUGCAUCGCCAACCGAUGCAUUAACGACACAAUAUGGCACACCAUCUAGACGGCAAACUGUUAAUCCGGCCACAGCACCGACGCAAAUUAGCGCUGCGGCGAGUUUAACUGCAAUGCACAACAUCGAAGCGGAGUACUUUACGGAGGGUCGCGAGUGCGUGAACUGCGGCGCGAUUUCCACACCUUUAUGGCGUAGAGAUGGUACCGGGCAUUACCUCUGCAACGCAUGCGGUCUCUACCAUAAGAUGAACGGAAUGAAUCGUCCAUUAGUUAAACAACCACGUCGCCUGUCUGCCACGAGACGCGUCGGUCUCUCUUGCAGCAACUGCGAAACCACGAUGACGUCCCUAUGGCGUCGUAACGCACACGGCGAACCAGUGUGCAAUGCUUGCGGUCUUUAUUUCAAGCUGCAUGGCGUCAACAGGCCAUCGACUAUGAAGAAAGAUAGUAUUCAAACGCGCAAGCGGAAGCCUAAGGGUGGAAUGAAAAGCAGCGAUACGCCUCUUUCGAGCAAUGUCGCGCAAUGCACGAACAAUAAUAACAACAAUAACAAUAACGUUAAACUUGAACCAGAUACUUACGGCGAUCUGAGGAUGGCUCACACUGGCGUGUCGCAAGUAACAUAUCCGACCAGUCUCUAUGGUAGUCCCCAAUCAUCGAGCAGACUAAUGCCUUAUCAGCCCGUGUAUUACGAUCUGAUCGCUUCGCAGCAGCAGCAGCAGCAGCAGCAGCAGCAACAACAACACCAACUGCUGGAGACUCAUUCGCCGAAGAUCGAAUGCCCGUCUCCACCUUGUACCACGCGCUCACCUGGAAUGGUCUCGGCUGGUCAAUCACCUGAUCAUCAUCAAUUAACUUCGCCACAUAUUGUCACUCUAGGUAGUCCGUCGACCAGUCCAGCCGGAUCUAAAAUUAUGCUGGACAAUGGUCACCUCGAGAGAUCUACGGUUGUGUCGAUAUCAUCCUAAACGCAUCCUAAACGCAUCCUAAACGCAGUCCAGAAAGAUGCCGGAUGUUAAGACAGGCAACAAAUAAAAAAAAUAACUUAGUAGCAAAGUAAAUGCCUGUCAAGCAAAAAACCUGGGUUCGAUUCCCACUUUUUACCUUCUAACCAGCGAGACAAACAAUCUCGCUGAUUUCUUACUUUCCUGCGCGCAUUGUGAUAUGCAAAACUGAAAGUUAUAUAUCUUUGGCAAAUAUUUUUGAAAAUGUGUGAAAGCAGCGCUGUUAUUGUAAAUAAGAGUUUUAGGAUAUUUUAGAACUUUAGAAUUUUUCAGAAAGUCGUAUAAGCUUUUUCUUUAGAAAGGAAAAUUUCUAAAGAAAAAAUAGAUUUUCUGCUUAAAAAGAAAAUGAAUUUUUUUAUUUUACGCUAUUUUUAUUCGAUUGUUUUUCUUUUUUUUUUUUACCAAAGAACCCUUUAUUAACGAAUCUUGCGUCAACAUUCAAGAUAAUACCAAAUUACGAAUGAUAUUGUUAUUUGUAUAUAUAUGUAUGAUGUAUGUAUAAGGGAAUCUUCUUAUGUAAGAUUACAUAUAAAAGUGUCCUUAUAUUCCAGCAUAAAACUACAUAAAAGCAUAAGGAUAUUCUAAUCGAGCGGAUAUGUAAUGUCUUCGAUAUAGUAUAAAAUAUAUCGCGCGAGAGUGGUAAAAAUGAUAGGAAUAAUGUAACAUAAUACAAUUAAAUAGUAAACAUAUAGCAACAACGGUGUAUAUUACGAGUAAACAUAUUUGACGGUUCUGCGAAUAAAUAUAUGCAACAAUUAUGA